AUGCCACCCGGCCAGGAGCAACAGCCAAAGGCCAGUGCUGAGCUAGACCACAAGGCCUGCUACUUAUGCCACAGCCUGCUGACGCUGGCCGGAGUGGUGGUCAGCUGCCAGGACAUUACUCCAGAACAGUGGGGGGAGCUGCAGCUGCUGUGCAUGCAACUGGACAGUCACAUCAGCACCCAUAUCCGGGAGAGCCCCCAGGCCAUGCACCGGACCAGACUCAAGGACUUGGCAGCCUAGACCUAUAUUCGCUGGCAGGAGCUGCUGGCCCACUGCCAGCCCCAGGCCCAGUACUUCAGCCCCUGGAAAGACUAA